AUGGAUGUCGAGGCACUCUACACCAAUAUAGACCAUGAAGAGGGCCUGGAGGCCCUGAGGCCCAUGCAGCAUAAGAAACUCUCCUCUCCAGUGCCGAGCUGUAUGUCCAUGAAGAAUGACCAGUCCAUGGAGAAGCUUCUACGCAUGGGAGGAAAUGUUCCUGCUGGCCAGAGUGUGGAGAUUCAACAGGCCCACAAAUCACACCUGCUGGAGAGGUCCAAGUGUCUGAUGGAGGGACUCACACAUCAGGGAAGCUCCACGCUGCUCAGGAAGAUCUACACUGACCUUUACAUCACGGCGGGGGGAGGAUGGAGUGUCAAUGAAGAACACGAGGUCAGACAGAUAGAGAGGGCAUCCUGGAAAGAAGCAGCACAAGACAUACCAGGAGAAGAUGAAGAACACGAGAUCAGACAGAUAGAGAGGGCAUCCUGGAGAGAAGCUGCACAAGGAAUGUCAGUCAGCUCCAAACUGCUCAUCGCAAGUGGAGGAGGAGGAUGGCGGGGCUAUGCAGAACGUGCACUCAGACAGAUGCAGAGAGACAGGCCAAUAAAAUGCAGCGACAUCAUCUAUCGCUUAUCUGAAAAAGUCAGUCAGUUACCUGAUCAAGUCAAGCCCUCAUCUAAAGAAGUAAAUCACGUGGCUAAGAAAGUCAAACCAAUUGGAAUAUUACUGACAAAGGGAGUGGCUGGCAUUGGAAAAACCGUCUCUGUGCAGAAGUUCAUUCUGGACUGGGCUGAAGGCACAUCCAAUCAGGAUGUCGACUUCAUAUUUCCUCUUCCUUUCCGAGAGCUGAACCUGAUGAAGGAGAAAACAAUCAGUCUAGUUGAUCUCAUUAGGCACUUUUUCUCAGAUUUGAAGGAUCUGAGAGUCUUCACCAGUUUAGAGAACAGAGUCAUGUUCAUCUUUGAUGGUCUGGAUGAGUGUCGACUUCCCCUAGAUUUUCGCUCCAACCCUGAGUGCUCUGAUGUGACAAAGUCAGUGCCAGUGGACGUGCUGUUGACAAAUCUCAUCAAGGGCAAGCUGCUGCCCUCAGCGCUCCUCUGGAUCACCACCCGACCAGCAGCAGCCAAUCAGAUCCCUCGGGAGUGUGUGAACCAGGUGACAGAAAUAAGGGGAUUUAACGACCCACAGAAGGAAGAGUACUUCAGGAAGAAGCUCUGUGAUGAGAGCCUGGCCAGCAGAAUCAUCGCUCACCUGAAGUCAUGCAGGAGCCUCUUCAUCAUGUGCCACAUUCCGGUCUUCAGCUGGAUUUUAGCUACAGUAGUAGAGAGAACAUCAGAUGGAUCAGGGAGUGUAGAGAUGCCAAGGACUCUCACUCAUAUGUACACACGCUUCCUCAUCAUUCAGGUCAGAAUUAGACAUACCAAAUACACAGAGCCAGAAGAGAGAGACGAAGAGAUGCUUUUCAAACUGUGCAAACUGGCUUUCCAACAGCUGGAGAUGGGAAAUCUGAUCUUCUAUGAGGGAGACCUAAGGCAGUGUGGCAUUGAUGUCACAGAAGCAUCCGUCUACUCAGGAGUGUGUACUCAGAUCUUCAGAGAGGAGGCUGGACUGUACCAGGGGAAAGUGUUCAGCUUUGUGCAUCUCAGUAUUCAGGAGUUUCUGGCAGCGUUAUAUGUGUUCCUCUGCUUCAUUAACGGAGAAAGAAACAUGUCUGACCAACAGCAAACCUCUGAGCUCUCUGCUCUGUUCAGGGCAGCAACGCUUCAGGACCUACACAAGACGGCAGUGGAUCUGGCGUUAAAGAGUAGGAAUGGACACCUGGACCUUUUCCUCCGCUUCCUCCUGGGCCUCUCACUGGAGUCCAAUCAGAAGCUCUUAAACCAACUAAUGGCACAGACCAAAAGCCAAUCACAAAGCUCAGAGCAAACAGCCCAGUUAGUCAAAAAUAAGAUUAGAGGUCAGAGGGAGACAGACAGAAGUGUCAACCUGUUCUACUGUCUGAAUGAGUUGAAUCGGUAUGCUGUAGUGGAGCACAUUGACAGGAGCUCAGGGACUCUGACUGUAGAGGUGCUCUUACCAGGACAGUGGAAGACUAGGAAGUUUGUGUUUCAGACAUCUUUAGAGUAUCUGGAUGGAUUUUACCUGCAGAGGUACAUAGAGACACCAGAGAUGGAUCAGACUGAUCUCCUCAGCCCAGAUGACGUCCUCCAGAAGCUGAUACCAUCUGAUGUGUUCACGUCAUCCACCUCAGUAAUGUGAGUCUG